GGCGCAGCGUGUGAUGUUGGACAUGGGAGAUAGGAAGGAAGUGAAAAUGCUGCCCAAGUCCUCUUUCAGCAUCAACAGCCUGGUGCCCGAAGCCGUGCAGAGCGACAACCACAGCGGCCACAGCCACCACAACAGCCACCAUCCGCACCACCACCACCACCACCACCACCACCACCCGCCGCCGCCGCAACAGCCCCAGCGCGCUGCUGCGGCCGAAGACGAGGACGAGGAGAAGGCGCCGUUGCUGCUGCCGCCGCCCGCCGCCGGCGCCCUGGAGGCGGCCAAGGCCGAGGCGCUGGCGGGGAAGGGCGAGGCGGGCUCGGCGGCGGCGGAGCUGGAGGAGAAGGAGAAGGCGGCCGAGGAGAAGAAGGGGGCGGCCGACGGGGGCAAGGACGGGGAGGGCGGCAAGGAGGGAGAGAAGAAGAACGGCAAGUAUGAAAAGCCACCGUUCAGCUACAACGCACUCAUCAUGAUGGCUAUCCGGCAGAGCCCCGAGAAGCGCCUGACGCUCAACGGCAUCUACGAGUUCAUCAUGAAGAAUUUCCCAUACUACCGGGAGAACAAGCAGGGCUGGCAGAACUCCAUCCGCCACAACCUCUCUCUCAAUAAGUGCUUCGUCAAGGUGCCCCGCCACUACGACGACCCGGGCAAAGGGAACUACUGGAUGCUGGACCCGUCCAGCGACGACGUCUUCAUCGGAGGCACCACCGGCAAGCUGCGCCGGCGCUCCACCACUUCGCGGGCCAAGCUGGCCUUCAAGCGCGGCGCCCGCCUCACCUCCACCGGCCUCACCUUCAUGGACCGGGCGGGGUCCCUCUACUGGCCCAUGUCCCCCUUUCUGUCCCUGCACCACCCGCGGGCCAGCAGCACGCUGAGCUACAACGGGACUGCGUCCGCCUACCCCAGCCACCCCAUGCCCUACAGCUCGGUGUUGACUCAGAACUCCUUGGGGAACAAUCACUCCUUUUCCACGUCCAACGGGUUGAGCGUCGAUAGACUCGUCAACGGGGAGAUCCCCUACGCCACUCACCACCUCACGGCCGCCGCCCUGGCCGCCUCGGUGCCGUGUGGCUUGUCGGUCCCCUGCUCCGGCACCUACUCCCUAAACCCCUGCUCCGUGAACCUCCUGGCGGGACAGACGAGUUACUUUUUCCCCCACGUCCCUCACCCCUCAAUGACUUCUCAGAGCAGCACUUCAAUGACGGCCAGGGCCGCCUCUUCGUCCACAUCGCCGCAGGCACCCUCCACCCUGCCGUGCGAGUCUCUAAGACCCUCUUUGCCGAGUUUCACGACGGGACUGUCCGGAGGACUCUCCGAUUAUUUCACACAUCAAAAUCAGGGGUCUUCUUCCAACCCUUUAAUACAUUAACGUCCAUGGGAUCAGACUGUUUUAGUUCCUUUAUUAACGCUUUGUCGCUGCUCCGCUCGCACCGACGCCAGAGGAACAGCCACCCGCCCGGAGCGGGGCUGCGUCCGCUCUCGGAGCCGCCGGAGAAGCUGCGGGAGGCGCGGGAAAGGGCGCUCCGUCGGCUGCGAUCACUGGAGGCAAACAUCGAAUUAAUUGGAUCUUGGUGGCUGAGGCUGUUAACAGUGUAUUGAACGGAGUUAUCUGCCACAAUGCCCAGGUGUCUGCCAGAAUGUCAGGACAUUCUAGACCAGGUAAAUCCAGAGAACACCUACCAGAAAAUUAAAACGAGUGCAACGUUAUAUGCACCAGUUCCAAGUUAUCUUACUGCUAUGUGGGGAGCUAUACUGACUGGUGCUAACCUAUGUAGAAUCUAUACAUUCCAGAGAGAAACUGGAGUUUGCCUUCAGAAGAAGUGCCAGAUCUGUGCCCUAACAACGACAAAGCCUGGCAAUAUUUUGCAACUGGAAAUCUUACUCCUUUAAGUUAAGUGAUUAAUUCUAUGGAAUUAGUUGGUCAUUUAGUGACUUGCAUUAUUUACAUUAAUUGUUGCUGAAAACCUUCAAACCAACUACAUAUUUGUUUCUCUUUUGGAAAACUCAUUUUUGGAUGUGUUCUCUGACAAUACCAUGUUAAGUGAAAUGGGGCAAGACCACCCCAGCUGAAAACCUGAACCUUUUUGAAGUUUUUCCAAAAUUUCUCCAUAACGUGGUUCCAUCUAAUAUUCAAAUUUUCAAAUAUAACGUGACAUCAGAUGACAAGCCAAAACACACCAAUGCCUGGACUAUAGGCAAAACCAGGACCCAAUGCAAUGUCCAGUGAUACAGAUGGGAAAUCUAUCUUUGGUAACAGUGGAAGUGCCAUCUAGCCCUUUAUGACCCGUAGGAUAGGACUAUGCAGGCAGCUUUGAUUUCACGCCAAUCUCCAGUGUUUGUAACAUUUUGAUUUUAAAUGUAGAAUUAAACUGAAUUAGUUCACUAACGCAGUUGGGCAUUAGGAACGUAUACCGUUCAUUUUGUGUCCCAAAGUACAAGAAAAUCACCUCUGCUACACUCCUCUGAGAGCAAUGUUAGAAAGAAAAGAGGGAGAAGGAAAGAGAGGGAAAAAAAGAUCUCUCAGUCGCAGGAUUGGGUAGCGGAUCUAUAACUAAUGAGCCAUGAGGUCAUAUAUCAAUAUUUAACACGCAUCUGACGUCCUGCACAUUCCCAGCGCGGCUUUAUUCGGGCAGUAUGACUCGAAGCACGGGCCGGUGCGGACGGGGCCGACUGUCGGGAGGAGAUGCGCUGCUCCUGGGGCACGAGGGUCUCCCCUUGCUCUGCGGACGAAAAGGGCCGCGGAAGCAGUGGGGAGGGGAGAGAGGAACGGACGACAAAGACGAGAGGUGCGCUGCCAGCCCGUGGGGCAGGACUCGUCAGAGGGCUGGGAAACAGUCCUGUCCCGCGGCAGGAAUGGUGCCGUCCUAUCGCAGCCUACCGCAGUGCCAUUUACUCCGCAACUAAAACGCGCAAAAUGGGCACGGGGGAAAGCAAAGACCUAUCAGUUUCCUGCUGUAGUUGUGCUAAUAAAUAAACCUUCUCGAUGUUUAAAACACUCUAUCUGUCACAUUCACAAGAUAGGUACUGUAAAUUCCUGUUGCAAAUAUACAAACAGAGAUCCAAGAGGUUGCCUCUGUUUUUGUAUCUCCUCUCACAAGAAAUGCACUAUCAAAACAUUAAUUAUAUUUGAAAGGGAGCAGAUUAUUUGUUUGAGAAAGAAUUACAUUCUUGAAUUUAUAUUCCACGCAGAUCUCUCCUCCUGUCUGCCGGGAGGGCUGAACUGUAAAUCUGUCUCGAGUGAUGCACCCUACACCGUGGGUAGGUGCGUCACUUUGGAGCCGGGGAGAGAUGGGAGCUUAUUCGAAGAGCUUUCAGACACCUCCGUGGGAUGGGUCGUUAGGGAGUGUCGGAAUCCACACGAAAUUGCAGAUUUAACAUGUGAGGAACAUAAAGCCCCGCUCUCUGACAGUGGGAGCACAAACACACAGACACGCGGGACUGAGCCUGGUGCUUGCUGAGCACUGUGACUCACGGCUUUGGGCCUCGUUGCUGGUUUGUAAAAUGCCUCACGCACGUCCUGCGGCAGUCGAUAGCCGGAAAGCUACCGACUGUGUGAGUCAUGAGCCGUCAGCAAAAGGCUUCACCCUCUCUUCCAACGCCUAAUAAAAGAGUUAAACAGAUGCCCUUAUCUUCUUCUUAAGAAAAACGAACGAAAGAAAGAAAAUGUGGCGAUGCACUGAGAAUUUCUCAGGAGCGCUGAAAUCCUGCCCCUGGGACCUGGUUCUUCCCCUCUCCACCGCCGUGCGGCAUUCCCUAUAGCGUACGCCUACCGCCAGGCACCCUUAAGCAUCUCAACAGAAUUGCUCUUUGGCAUCGAAACUGCUGGCGGCGGCUGAUGCCACAAGUCCGCGCAGAGAAGUGGCCAGGGCUUUUCUCACGGCUGGAGAAACGUGUCCAUAAAUCGAUAGGUUCUCAGUGUGGAACCCAGAGGAGCGGGUCCCAAAGAGGCGACCCUUUUUCUCUGUUCCUGUGUUGCCCGAGUCUCCGAGCGGCUUUCCCGAGCACUGGGAUGGCCGAGAUAUGGGGCCGGGGACCGGGGCCGUGCCUGGACUAUGCUCUGCCUAUGAUCGGCGAUUUGUGGGAGUAGAGGGAACCCUGACAGCCAGAGUGGGACCUGGCCGGGAGCAGGCUCCGUGAUGGAGGAUGGCAAAACAGGACAGAGCGCUGGCACCGAGGGCUUUUUUUUUUUUUUUUUUGUUAGAACCAAAAGGAAAAAUGGAGGGGGGAGGAGGGAAAGCAGUGGGCACUGGGAAGGAGAGACAGGAGUAGGUAGUGUCUGGAGAGCAACAGGGGUCCGUCACCUCCCCUGGAGCGGGGAGCUCCGGACCUCGGGCAGAGGCUGAGGCGCGGCACGGCAUCGCAUCACGUCUCCCCUUGCCGAGCUUCGGUACUCCACGCCGCGGCCUUCCCCCGCUCACUACAUCGCCACGGUGGCAAUAAAAGCUUGAAAUGCAGCUCAACUCGAGGCCAAACGGGCUCUGUCACUGCCCGGGGCUGCGGGUCCUUGUCGGGGAAAAUGUGGGAUGCUGCCGUGCCUUGGCUUGACGGAGCGGCAGGGUAGGGUCUGUUUCACGGGAACACGGCUUUGGAGCGUUGGAUUCAGCACACGGAGCCCUCGCUGCUCCCUUCGGGAAAUGGGGGGGACAGCGGAGCCACGGCCCCGCCGCUCCCCUUCAGCACAUGACUGCGACUGAAUCAAGUCUCCCUGUGCACUCGGAGACCGACACCCGGAGCCCAUGGCCGAGAACAGGGAGGAGAAAGGAAACAUGGGUGGUAGGAGCAGGGCAGGAGACCAAAAGUUCAGCAGAGAAAAGGCCAGGAGGAGAGCGAUAGGAGGGAAACUUCAUGAGUGUGUCGGGAGCAUUCGGGUCUCGUUGUGAUAUUAUUAUUAAUCAUAAAAUCCCAGCAAAACAACGGCUCCCUUAUAAAGGAAAUCUGAGGAGUACAGCGAGCUAAGUGGAAGCUCUGUUUCCAAGGCGAGGCAGGAUUAGUUCCCUGCACACAAUAGCCGGUGUGUCGGAAUUGCAAAUGAACAUCACCAGCAGUGCUGGAGUUACCCUCCUUAAAUUAAUAUCGAGCUGGCUUUUCUGCUCAGCGUCAAGGACAUUUCUGCUCUUUCAAAGGGAAGGAAGAUUUAAAUUUGUAUAUAUAUGUCCAUGUAUAUGUAUGUUACUCUGAUUUAGUCCAAGGAACUCCUUCCCCACUGCAGUUACCAGUGCAGGAAUUUGGGAUAAUGUCCACUCUAAUUGAUCAUUAAAAAAAAAAAAAAAAUCACAAAAAACCCCACAAAAACCAAACAAACCAAAUUAAAAAAAAAACCACAAACAAACAAACAAACACAAACGAAACACUUCCCAAGCAACAAACCAACCAAUAAAUUCCAAAACAAAACAAAAACCCACCCAAAAAACCACCAACAACAAAUCAAACUCCCAAACCAUAAAAACAAUUCAAAAAUAGGAAAGAAAGAAAAAGGAGUACGAAUUAGUGUGGGGUGACCCCAGGCCGUGGGAGACGUGCAGCGCGGCUGCUGCUCCGUGCACAGCACAGGGUUUGCCGCUGCCGCACUCAGCUUAGCCCCUGCGGCUCCUGCAGCGGGGCUUCUGGCACACGCCCCCGGUGUGUUACUGUAGACGCAAGCCCGUAAAUCUCGGCCGAAGCAAUAUUUCUAUCCCAUCAUCAGACAUGCAAAGGGGGAAAGUAAUACAUUUGAUCUUGCGCUGCAAAGAGGGGAGAGAGAGACUGUAGGCUCCAGGGCUCUUUUAAACAUUUCAGGAAUUAAUGGGGGAUGGGAAGGUUCUAGGAAGGAUGGAUGCAUUAAGAUAGUAAAUUAAAAACAUGAUAUGAAGAUAUAUUUACUGUCAUCUCAGAGCCAAAACAUUUAUGCUCCCAUGCUUUUUUUUUUUUUUCCCUGAACAAAUAGAAACUUAAAUGAUGCAUUUUAAUUAUUUUAAGAAAAUAAGCAAGAAGGCUCUUUUUCAGAGUCUAAAUAAAUAACAGAGUGUUCUGUGCUGCUGAUGUCUCUAGCUUAUGAUGGCUUCAUCUGUGCAGCUACUACUGUGAGCUCUGAAAAUCUGGGAAGAAUGGGGUGUUACUGGCAAUUUCUGAAAGGAUCUAUCCAUUAUUUGUGAGGUUUUCUGAAACAGAACAUCCAAAGAAUUUUCUGACAGUCUGAGAGGUGAAAAGGGGACAAAUAUUUUCCUAAAGGUUCAGCUCAGAAUGAUGAGUGCCUAAUCUCACUAUUGUUUUAAGCUGGAGGUGAGAAGCAAUUUUCCUUACUCUUUCAAAUAGUUAUUUCAAUUCCCUUCCCCACUAGUGGGAAAUGGAUACAUAUUUCCAUGAUAUAAAAGAACUGCAUACAUGUCUUGUAGUUACUCAGAUCAUUUUUUUUGUUGUUGUUUUGUUUGUUUUUGUUUUUCACUGAUCUAAUUCCUGACAACUUUCUUCCUGAGUACAUUGUGUCCUUAAACUCCAAUAGAUUGCAGGGAGCUUCCUGAAGGAGAGGGAUACUCACAAGACCUUUUUUAUCUUUUGGGGAGAGGGAAGGAGGGGAAAAAAAAAAGAAAAGAAAAUAGAAAAAAAGUGAGAACUCACCAAAAGAGAGAUCUUCUGAGUUCACAUUAAAAAAGAAAAGAAAGAGGGGCAUGUAACACUAUAUGGCAAUUGCAGGGAACACUAAACCACGUACACUGGCAAUUCUAUAGCAGAAAAUAUUAGUCACAAUCUUCCAGUGUAAAGAAGUUAAAUCAUUUCAUCUCUUCUUUGCAGAAAUACGUAAAGCAUUUAAGGCUAACAGAUUUUUGUUCACAAAUUUUUCUCCCCAGGCAGGACUCAUCUUCUUCUUUAGUCAAAUUUUUAGUACAUUCCUGAUGCUCACCUCUUCUAUACUGCCUUUCAUUUCAGUUAGUGUAAAUUCUGUCAUUCAAGUACUGCAACCAUUUCUAUUAGCUUAAAUGUGUCCAGAGAAAUGUAGAGCACCUAUAAACAAACUCCUUUCUUUCCCUUUGUGAUAUUUUUGUACUCUGCCUUCAAGGCUUGCUUCUUUGGAGGCUGCGUCAUCAGUGUGAGGACUGCAGAAACUGCAAGAAAGUGGAUAGCUAGGAAAAGUCACAAGAAGAAGCAGAAGAACAACAUCAGCAUAGGCAACAGAACCAUUAUCGUCACAGCAAGAAAAAUAAGGAGAACAAAGAGAAAAGAUAUCUUAACAGCAGUAAAGGCAGGUAGAACUGUUUUAAAGAGCAGGGCAGUACUACUGAUUUCCAGCCUACGUAGUUCCUACCUAAAAGAUGAUACAGACCACAGUUUGUAGCACCCAAACAGGAGACAACCAAAAAAAGUGCUGGUCAUGAGUGCAGGCUCUAUUAUCCAACAUUCGAAUCUAUGUUCAUUAAUGAUGGCUAAGAAUUUUCUGAUAUAUUUAUGAACCUAUAAUCAAAACAGAAAAGUGCUUGUUGCCUUAUUUUCACAUAGGUCCUGAAGAAGUCAUGGCUUUUGCUGUACAUCUCCGCCUGAAUUGAAUUGCCCCAAAACUAGGAAAUAGUGUCAUUGGACAAUGAAAAUAAUAUCAUUCUGUGAAUAGAGACUGGAUGGCCUAACAUCAUCUUUCAUUUGUACUUUCUCAGAAUUUACAUCUUCAUAAAAAUAGGCCCAUUAUCUUGGGGUACUCAUUUCAAAUUUUAUAAUUAUCUGAUUUGAAGCUGAAAAAGUAUUGAAAAAUGUUGGUCAAAGUGAUUUACAAAGUCCUAUCAUUACACUUCAGAAAUAACACCUUACUGACUAGAAACCAAGUUUUUCAGUCUGCUUUUGGACUAUUAAUUGAGAACAACUUUGAAGCACAUAGAGCGGGACCCUGAUUUCAAUUCAAAUAAAAAGCUUUCUUGAUGUUUGGAGAAGUAACAAAUCAUGUAUUUCCUUAUGUAUUUAGUAAUGGACUGGUAGGAUCUAUACAAACUACUCAAGUCACCUGCAAAAUGACUUGAUCUAUUUCAUUUAAAUUUCUCAAUCCAUUACUAGAUAGCACAAAAGUGUUGCACCCAUUAGUCACUUCAUGUAGCUUCAUGAAAAUAAUCCUCUUGUGAGGAUAGUUUUUUGGCUCUUUAUGGACAGGAAUUCUUUGCCUAUUGUUUUUUGUUUUCUUGUUUGUUUAAAAGCCAUUUGAGACAGCUUCUACAAGUCACUUAAAUUCAGUACCUUGUAGGGAUUUCAGAUAUUCUCUACAUGGAUUAGACACCUAAAUGGAACUGGUUUAUGUACUGGUUACAACUACAUUUGAAUAUCUCAGCUGUUGGUUUAGAGUCUGCUUCAUUUUUGCAUGAGCAGUGGAACUGCCGUCCUUUCCAUGUAAGGACACCAGCAUCAUGUGCUGUACUCAACAGCAAAUAUUUAAUAUAAAACUGGAUGCUCCUGUACCCAGACAGCGGAAGAGACUGCUUCUCAUGUGAUCUUUAAGCUGGAGAACUUCUGAGGAUGGAAAACACUCAUUUAUACUUUUGUAACACCUGUAAUAGAUCUAGUGUAAUUAACAUGCAAUUUUGAAGCAAAAGCCGAUCUCAGGCUUCAUAUUUUGAAUUUCAAUAGUGCUACUGUUAAAUGAAUUCUUUUACUGUGAGAAGUAGCUUGGGGUAGGUUCGGGCUUGGGGUAGCCCGAAUCAGCUAUCAGAGGAGACAGUUGGGAAGAUGUGCGUCAGAUCUGAGCUUGCAGUGUUGGCUUUUUUUAAACCUUCUCCUCAUGACAACAUGAGCACUACUGUAAUGCUUCAAAUCCUGAAUGUUGUUCUGUUGCAAUAAGCAGUCAUGGAAAUUAUAGCAUAUGAUAAGGGGAGGGAAGCAAGAGGGAAAUCUAUAAUUGCUAUUCUUGGAAAUAGAGACUGGAGAUCAUGAUGUGCUAGCUUGUCUGUGAGAAAUCCUCAUAUGCUUGAGGGCAGCACUUCAUGGUUUUCAUGAUUCUUACAAGUUCCUUAUAAAGAUUCAUGAUUGUAAGUACACUCAGAAAGAUCCUUAAUGGUGAACCUUUCUCCUGCAUCACUAAAUACCUACUGCAUUCAUUAGCCAUUCAUCCAAGUGGUCUAACUGGAAUAACAUUUUGUAUAUUUCAGAAUUCAGUUGUAGACCAAAGGUUCACACUUAAAUGUAGAAUACCAAAGUCUUGGUAUUUCAGUCUACCAGUGUACGAAGUAUUGGCCACAUAGACAAAACCAGCAUCUCUAUCCAGGAUUUACAUGAAAGUAUCUGGGGUAGACUUCUUUAGUCCGCUGUUUAUUUUAAAGCCUAAAUUAAAGAAGCAGCUUCUAAUUUAAUAAAAAGUCUCUGAAAGUUGCUAAGCAACUUCAAAUAAGCUUGCAUUAUAAAAAGUUCAUUUGUUUGUUUAGUUUCAGAAAAAAUGUUAUUAUCUGUUCCAUAAAUCAAGAGGGAAAAGUAUAAUUGAAAUGCAAUAGGACCUUUCAACACUUUCUUUGACUUCUAUUUUAUUGCAAUUAAAACACCUUUAAUUGUCACGUGAAGUUUCAUCAACUAUUCAACAAAUGUUUAUGCAUAAAACUUCAACGGAUUAUUGAUUAUGCAAAGAACCAAAGGAAAAAAGAAAUUAAACAGGUUUGUCAUAUGGUAUGUGUUUAUCUUAACCUUUCUUCUUAAAAAAAAUCUCAUCUACCAAGUACUUUUAUCAGAGACUAAUUAUACUCUCUGAAAAGAAUUUCUCCAACACCCUUCAGUGCCUACACCCUUUAAUCAUAUCUCAUUACAUCUACCUAAUCCAUCUCUUUUUCACAUUGCCAGGGCUCAUUAAUAGUUUUAAAAGCCAGUUCUGGACAUUAUCUUUCCUUCAUAUAGAAAUAUAAAAAAUACCACUAAGGUUUUAUUCCUAGAUUUCAUAGUUGUUUGUAAUUAGAUUAAAAAUAUUUGCCAAUAUUGAAAUUUUGACUAAAUAUAACUAAAGUAUGUAACAGAGUAGGAAUAGAAAGAUGCAAGUCUUUUCCAAAAUGGUUGUUUUUAUGAGCUGUUUUAGUAGUGGAUCAAUAAUCACUUUGAGAGGAAGCGAUCCUUGACUAAUAUUUAGCACAUAUUGUGCUUCACAGAUGUUUUAUAGGUGAUACAUAUACCAUCAUGAAAACAGUGUGGGUAAUCCAAAGAAUAUACAUGAUUGAAAGGGGGAAAAAGAAAAGACAUGGCCUUCCUUCCUUUGCUGCAUGCAUACCAGACGUCACUGCACUUUGAAAAGCUAUUAGAAAAUGUCUCUGUUGUACUAUCAACUAAAGUGAACCAAUUAAAGUAGAAAGAAUAAGUGAUGCAUUAAAUUUUGCAUUUAUUUUCUGUUCUCAACUCAUGUGCAAACAGACAGUAAUAUUCUCAACUACUUGAAAUUGAUUUAGAAAUUGCUUCAGGGAAAAAUUUGUAGUGUACAGACCAUUCCAAAAUUCACAAAUUUUGGCAAUUUACAAUUUGCAAUGUGUUAUUAGUUAUGCAAGUUAUGUGAUUGUAUUUGUGCUCCUAUUUUCAGGAUGAUUUAUUAUGUCAUUUUACCCCUGAUGCUGUAUUGAUUCAUUUUCAAGUGUUGUAACAUACCGCUUGUGAUUUUGAAGGUAAAUCCAGUAGCCAGAUAUCAGUUUUGAAGUUUGUUUUUCCCAUGUUUGGAUAGUGUGCCACCAAAGUUUUUUGUCUUCUUUUGUAACAAGAAAUAUUUUGUAUUCCAUGAAUUACGUGGGUUUUUUAUUUAACAUAUUAGAAUUACUAAAGAAAUUUGUGACAUUUGUUUUCAACCUCCGACAUGUAUUAAUUCUAGUUUUUGACACACUACUAUAAAUUCUAAGCUGAGUUAAUCCUAACAUCCUGGGAAAUGCUUUUGACAUACUUUGGCAGAGAUGUGCCUUAGAUGUUUUGUUUCCGAUAAUUGUGAAGAAAUAUGGACACAGUUUGCAGAAAACAGCUGUUGUUAGAAGCAGAAAGAUCAGCCACGAUAUGUUGAAUUUCUUGGAAGUUUGGAUGAUCAAGGCAAAUUGAUAUCACCUCUGCACCUACUGAAUGAUUAACUGAGAACAUAGGGGAUUUCACGCAGUGAGUUAUGAAUCUUCUGUGUUCCAUCUUCCCAUCCAGGAACAGAAAAUUCAGAACUCCAAAUUAACAAUUGAAUUUUUUGCUCUCUAAAUAAAAAGUGUUUGCAGAAACCAGUGUAAAGAUAAAGCUAAAAUGUUUUAAUAUUUUUUUUAUAUUUUAAUUUUAAUUUUAAUAUGACUUUAAUAUUUUAAAUAUAUCUGAUACCUGAUAUACAUAUAUACAUAUGUACAUUGAAUACAUAUAUAUAUUCAAUAUAUCUAACACUUUCUUUCAAAUGUAAUUGAUUAUGCACCUCAGAAUCUUUUGUAUAUGUAGAGCUGAUAUUUGUAAGAGCUGCUUCUUUCUCUAAAGAGUUGAUUUAUAUAAACCAACAGAAUAUAUGUAACAAAUUGUAGAUAUAGAAACCAUAGUCAAAUGGAAGUUCCUUUUGUGACUACUAGUGAAUACAAGCUAAAAAUGUUUUCCUAAGAAUUCCUUACUACAGAUUUAUUGUAUUUAUGUGUGCAAGCGCACAUAAAAUGUCAUACCUAGAGCUAAACUAAGAGCAACAUGUGACUUCUCAGUCUGUGAAAAUGUGUAUAGUUUGAGAUAUCUUCUUGUUCCUCAUUGGAGAUAAAAUAAAAUUCACUGAAACAUUCCUUUUAUGUCAUAAAAUUACGUAUAGAUGUUUUGAGGCCAAAAAAAGACAGAUUUUCUUUGGACGUAUUUCUCUUAUUCCUUCCUUUGUUUUUCACUCACUCAUUAGGAAAUGACUAAAUAGACAAGCCAGGAUGCUUAGAACAUUCCCAUUGAAAACUUCGUUAAAACUGACACAUUUUCAUGAAGAAUUUUGGCUUGAAUGGAAAGACAUAUUUAGAGGAGGAAAAAAAGUCAAAUAAAAUCUGACUGGUAACAAAUGCAGUCAAACUGAUAUUCAUGUUUAAAUUUGAACUAAUACAUACUACAUACAUGAUUUUUUUUUUUCUAGAAAUUCUUCAGACCAAAUGAUUUGAGUAGUCCUGAGUAAUGCCAAUAUCUCUCUAACAAGAAAUGUGGAAGACAGAUGUCUUCCAUUGCACUAAGAAAAAAUUGGGCUCUUUAGGAAAUUGGAAGUUGAGGAAUUUCAUAGGCAGUCUCUGCUACAGGAUAUAUGCUGUCUGCUGUUAUGUUCACUUCUGGCAAUAAAUGUUCUUUAAGAUUAUUAAGAAGCACAGAAUUCCUUUAAGACUCUAUCAGUGCAGUUAUUGUUGUUUGUACAUCUACAUCAACAUCCACAUCCACAUCCACAUCUACAUCUACGUCUACAUCUACAAACCUAAUGGCUAGUACUCCAUUCAAAAACAUGGGGAAAUAUGUUUUUUUUCUUGUUCUUUUAUGAUGAGUUCAGCAUUUGUCAUUGACUAAAUAAUCAUAUAUCCAGUAGGCUUUUUUAGUGGCCACAGAAUUGUUACAGACAUUAUCUUCAGAAAUCAAUGCAGAAUGUCUUCAAAUAGCACUACAUUUGUUUAGCUGAAAACAUAGUACACAGGAAAUGGUGAACACAGUUGUAAUAAACCGCUGGUAAAUCCCUUUUUUUUCUAAAAUAAGUCAUUUGUGGGACUAGAAGUCUGAGGAAAAAAGGAAAAACUGAUCUGUGACAAGAAAAUUUAUAGUAGAGGACAUUUUACACUCAGUGCAAUUGAAGACUAAAAUAAACAUGUUCUACUAACAUGAAUAGAAUUGUAAAAUAAAGAAACUUGCUUUAUAUUCAACUUGCAUAAUUUCAGAAUGAUCAGAUGUUCUUUCAGAAACAAGAUUUCUAAGGGAUAGCAUAAAACAUGAGAACUCAAGCAGAAAGCUGAGAACUGAGUUAAAGAUCCAAGCUAAAGUUUUGUUAGUUCGUAGAUCUGAAUAUAUCCACCCUGAGUUUAAAAGAGCUAAGAAAUUAUUCUGUCUUUAUGAGCUUAUUUUCUUGCUUGCUCUUCACACACAUAAUGACUCAGCACAAGCCCUUGAGGGAUGGAUUCUUUUUGUUUGUGUGUGCUGCACAUCUUCAGAAGUGAUGCGUAUGAAUUAUAAAUUAGAGGUAUUCUAACAGAAUGAAGUUCUUGUAGUUUAAAGUGCAGGUUACAACAAAUGUACUUUACGUUUCUUGGAAAUCACAGCAUCUCAGUCUAUAUUAAACAUUUGACUUUUGAAGUUAUAUAUUUUGGUGUAUUGUCCCAGUCUGUGUAAAUAAGCAAGAUUAAACACAUACUAAGAAUAAUGGCUGACAAUGGAGUAUCUGAAGUGUGACUAGGGAGAAGCAUAGCAUGAGAUUAUAGUUACAGGUUUGAUGUUGCUAAGAAAAAUCUCAAGAAAUAGGGUAUGUGGCUUUAAUUUUAUAUGGGAAUUCAGAGUGAAGGAAUGCAAAGAAGGGAAACAUUCUCAACAGAUGGUGGAAAAGAUGGCUUAAACUGCUCGAAUGUGAAGGGGUUUGAGCGUAUGAAAUAGAAGCCCAGAAUACGUGGGUUAUAAUUGAUUAAAUGAAAGACAAUUGAGAUAUUAAAAUAUUUCUAACAGCACAUUUGGAGAAUAAAGAGCAAAGAAAGAGAACUAUUUGGAUUAAGCAACUGUAUUGAUUUGCAGGGAGAGAGAGGGAAGAGAAUGCAGAGUGGAGCUAUUAAUUGAGUGCAGGAUGGAGAUAAUCCUCUCAGGUGCUUCUUGCUCUUUUAAAUAUGAGAUGCUUAGAAUACUACCGAGGAUCAUGGAUGAUGGUUUAGACACUACAAUAUGACAAACAGAUAUAGCGACUUCUCUGGAACUUUUUUGAUACGAACUGAAAAAGCAAGUCAGAAAAAAAGACCAAAAUUUGCUGCUAAUGUCCUGAAGGUUUGAAAAAACUCUGCUGUGAGUAAAUUUUUCAUUUGGAAGAUCUUCUUGAUAUCGGUCAUUCUGAUUUAUCUUUCCAGAUAGUAGAGUUUAGGGACAGACGAUGGACAGUUAUCCAAGAUGAAUGCGUGUACAGCUCAGCUGAGUACCAGGACUAUUCAGGGUUAGUGACUUUGACUGUCAGGAAGACACAGUGACACAAUCUGUAGCAAACAACAGUUUAAACUACAGUUUCUUAAUAGUAGAAAGAGCAGCCACAACUUGCUGAACUGCAGGAAUGACUGAAGAAAAUUCAUGUUGGCAUACAAUCAGUGAUUUUCAGUAUCACACUUCAAACAGAAGUACAGAGGAGGCCAGUGGUUGACUUUUCUUGUCAAUACCACAUGUAGCCUGGGAAUCGCAGGUGUUAAUAGAAGCUAUUUCCUUUCUCAAAGAAGAAAGAGGUAGAGCUUGAUUGAGGAACAACUGCAAAAUUCAGCUGAGGAUACAUAAAGAAAGAGGGAGGGAAGUGCUGAAACAAAGAUGGGGGAAGGAGUAAAGUACUGAGAUGAUAAUGGUAGAGGUAGGAAAGAGUGAUUAUUUGAAUGUGCAGAUUGGAUCAGCUAAAUAUUUUACCAAUUUCAUAGAAGGGCUUCAGAACUAUGAAGAUACCCUGCAAAGAAACAUUGGAAAGUUACAAGUUGAACUGUCUUGUUUUCUCCUUCAUUUCCUGCAGUAUAGUUGUUUUCAUUUAUCUGUUUAGUGAGGACAGUAUGCUCAGCCUUGUAGAGCAACACAAAAUAAAGACUACUCUCAUUUCUCUUCAACAGGCUUCACCAGAUAGAUAAGGAAAUGUGAAUUCUUACUUCUGAUUUCUUUAUAUCCUCUGCAGAGUGAUGAAUCUUGCCAUUGCUUGUGUACAGGCAAAUAAGAGGGAAGUAGUCUUCUAUCCACGUUUGGCAGAAACACUGCUAUAAAAAACAUCGUUACACAAUUUUUUUUUUACAUUUAUUAAUGUUUUUAGGUUACUUAAGCAAUGCUUAUGUUCAAUAUAAUUGUGCCUGGAAAUAUUCUUAAUGAGCAUCCUACAAACUACUAGAUUUGUCAGAUAAUGGUGGAAUGAAGUAGUAUAACAUACUGAGCUUAAAUCCCUAAGGAUUCUCAUUAGUUACAUCAGGACUAAAAUACGAACCUUUCUUAAUAAGAAGAGAAUCACCCUAGUCCCAGACAAUGAUAUGUUGUAUGCUUGUUAGUACAAUCUUAAUUUUAAGCCAAGUAAGAUAAAAAUCACUUCUUCAAUGAUCACGAUUUGCCUAGGGGUAUUAGCCUUUGUUGUUGGUUCUAGCUAGCACUGGAAUAACUAUGCCAAACACCAAUAAAACUUCACCUGUAAUUAUUUGUAAAAAUCAUGUCUGUCAAUUUUUGUUGUUUGGUUAUACACCAGGUAAAUCAGCAAGUGUUUUAUUU